UUUUUAGAGCCAGUUGAUCCUAACUAUGUACCAGAUUACCUAAAAGUGAUCAAAUCGCCCAUGGACUUUUCUACUAUGCAGAAGAAGUUAGAUAGUGGCCAAUACAAGAACGUGGAUGACUUUCGUCAAGACUUCAACUUGAUUGUGAGCAACGCGAAGCUAUACAACGCUAUUGAUACCAUUUACUGGAAGAGUGCUGAUAAAUUG